UUCAAUAUUAUAAUAUCAUGUGAGAGUUAAACCUUCUCUAUUUAAGUGUACGAGGAGACAAGCUUGAUCAUCCAUCGUCUUAUUUUUUCUCGUCUCAAGUUUCUUGUUUUUUUUAAAUCCGACCAUCAUGAGUCUGUGUGGAAAAUUAGAGACUGAUGUAAAAAUCAAGGUCCCAGCUUCAAAGUUCCAUGAAAUGUUUCAUCGAAAGCCUCACCAUAUCUCCAAAGCGUGUGGAGACAAAAUCCAAGGUUGUCAGCUCCAAGAAGGCGAAUGGGGCAAAGUUGGCUCGAUCAUUUACUGGAACUAUUGUCAUGGUGGGAAGGCUUCAGUAGCCAAGGAGGUAGUUGAAGCAGUUGAUGAGGAGAACAAUAAGAUAUGUUUCAAAGUCGUAGAAGGAGACCUUUUGAAGGAUUAUAAGAGCUUUAGAAUUACAAUUCAGUGUAUUCCAAAGGAUAAGGGAAGCGUGGUUCAUUGGAUUUUCGAGUAUGAAAAGCGACACGAGAAAAUUCCUGAUUCACAUAGUUUACUUCAUUUGUGUGUUGCUAUCUCGAAAGACAUCGAAGCUCAUCUCCUCGGUAAUGAAAAACCAUGUGGCGCGUAAGUCGGAGUACUUAAGAAUAAGAUAUCUGGACACGUUUCUACGUUGAUAUGUUUAAAUAAGAUCAUCUGUUUGUGUGUGUAAUAUGAUCGAGACAUGUUUGGAAUCAUGUUUGAAAUGGGAAUAAAGUUUGUAAGAAUAUGUGUGUACUAAAAAAUAAUAAAUGUACGUUAUAAUAAGGAUUAUUGUGUUUCUCGGGCUUGA